CGGUUGAGUGUUGAGGGCAAUGGAGGCCACUUUGCCGGCAGUGGCAGAGGAGCUUUUGAAAGAGAUAAAAAAGGCUUUCCAGGAGACCUCGCAUGUUCCUGAUGAUCUCCUGCUGGCGCUGAAAUUUGUAUUUGGCUCAUCUGCUGUGGCGGCCUUGGAUUUGGUUGAUCAACACUCAGUCACGCGAAUCGUGUCUCCUAGUGGAAGGGCCAUGUACCAGGUCCUCGGGAGUUCAGGCAAACUGUACACCUGCUACGCCUCCUGCCACUUCUGCACGUGCCCUGCAUUUGCUUUCUCCGUGCUGCGGAAGAACGACAGCCUGGUGUGUAAGCACAUCCUUGCCAUGUACCUCAGCCAGGCCACAGGCGCAUGCCAAGAGCUAUCUGUCUCUGACCAGCAGCUGGCAAGCAUCUUACUGGCAGAAGAAGAGGAGGAAGGACCUGGGACCGUGUGCUAACACCCUCUCUCCUGCAACGCCUCCCUGGCUCCUCUGAGGUACAUUGACUAACAUCCCUAAGCCAAGGGAUCAAGGCAGAUAGUUUUCCUCCCAAGCUGAAUUUAGGCUGGAAAUUAUUUAGCAGACCUGCACCGUUGUAUUACUUAGUUGUGUUGUAAUAAAUGAAUAAUAUGAAGCCUCAUAA